AUGGGGAUUGCCGGGUUUAGUUAUUGUGAAACCGAACGUCCCGCAGAUUCCGACCUGCUUGAGGCUCAAACCCCGCUGUCCUUUCCUGGAAAACUAGCCUACCUAUCCAAUCCAAUCGCCACAGCCAAGACGAUUGCUAGCGAGCCAAGACCCACUACUGAGGACGGGGUGCAGCAUCGCUAUAGACCAUCCCUGCCUCUAAAGAUGCGCCAUAAAUCGACGCUAAUGAGCCGUGUGAGAGCUUAA